CCAAACAAUAGAUCGCACAUGCUGAACCAAACAUUUUCCGUUCCCAGCCCCACGGAACCCCACCAGAGUGACCAGACUCAGCUAGUCUAUCGAGGAAGGGGAAAAAUAUCCUCUUCCCGAGCGACGACGCCGCCCCUUCUGCCCUCGUCGCCAAACCCGCCGUAGACCUCCACCGAAGCGCGCUUGCCAAGCGACGAGCUCUUCCUUCCUGGCAGGCGUUGCCCUCCCUUUUACUGGAUCGACCUACAGUAAAGCUCCGCCCGACGCGAUUCCUCUCUUGCCCCAAGGUUAAAUGGCAAACAGAGCAAGGUGGGUGAUGAAGUAUGAAAAAGGGCUUGUUGAUAUACUGCAUGAGAACAAUGUUUCACACUACCGGACUCCAAAUGGAUGGAAAAGUGAGGGAUGGAGGAAAAUUGUGAAGGACUUCAAUGAUAGGCACCCAGAUGCAGGAUUUAGUAAAGUUCAAAUUCAGGAACAUGAGACCCAACUGAAGAAAGACUAUAAAUUGAUAAAAUCCAUUCUCCAGCGUGAUGGUGUUUCAUGGGACCAAAAUGCAUCUAUGAUUAGAACAACAGAUGAAAUCUGGGAUGAGAUAAUCGAUGAAGCACCCAAGGCAAGGAAGUACCAAAGCAAGAGUUUUCCAUUGCUUCAGUCGCUGGAACUAUUAUUUGAAAGGGAUAUUCCUGAAGGGGAUCGCAAUUUAACUUCCAGCGUACCUCAGCAUGUUCUUGGAAAUGUUGAUGAGGAAGGCAACAUCAACACACUUCCAAGCUUGUCUGGAAGACCAUGUGGAUUGGUUAUUGGAAGUAUUGAUGAGGAAGAGAACAAUAUCAGUACAUUUCAAAGAACUCUGGAACUAGGACCGCAAGGUCUGGAUGAUCUUGAUCUCCUGCAAAAUCACACCGAGGAGAUCUUGGAAAGACAACAGCCUGGUUCGGCUCCAAAGCCACAAAGAGUUGACGAACCCGCGCAUUCGAGUUCCUGCAUUGAACCACAAAAGGACAAGCGCAAGAAGCGCAAGGCCCCUGACAUCCAACAAACCAUGGAGGCUUAUCUAGACUUCAGAAUGAAACAAGCUCGGACAAAGGAGCAAACCAAAAAGGAUGGGGAACAAUUCUCUAUUUCAAGGUGUAUCAAGGCUCUACAUGCUAUAACUGACGUCUCUGAUCAGAUCAGGAUUCUAGCUGCUGAUGUUUUCAAGGAUGCGUCGAACCGCGAGAUCUUCCUCUCCUAUGAGCCCAGGCUUCGCGCUCUGUGGUUGAAGAGGGAAGUCAACAGGUUACUCUAUUAAUCAGAUCUCAUACAUCAAGGUUUAGUUUUGUCUCCAGAUGAAUGUAAAAAGAAUUAGUCCCCUGCAGUUCUGUGUAGGUUGUAGCAACAUUUGUCUUAGUUCAGAGUGAACUAUUGAUUCUAGGUUCCAAGGCCAAGGUCUACAAAUGUUUCUCAGUCGUGAUCAGUAGCGGCAUAUAGCGUGUUGAUGUUUACUGUUUGAUCUUCUCUGGCGUCAUUGCUUUGACUAACCACUUUGUGCCCAAAAGAUAAAUGGUUUCACUUUAGACUGCCCUUUGAAUUGUGGCGAGAACAA